UCUGUGCUGGGGCGGCCCCCACCCCCGCUCCUAGGACGGACCUGUGGGUGCCCAGCGUCCUCUUCUCGGGAAGGACGCUUCUGGCUCCGGGGACCGGAACCGCCUCUCUCAGACCGGUCCUUAAACCCCACGUGCAUUAGGGUGGCCACAGUUUGCACCUGUAGCCUUGGCUGUUCCCCAUGAGGGCCCGGGUCCAACAACCGUGGAUCCCUGCUGGCCGUUGGCCGCUCUGCCUCAGCCUCCCUCUCCUUUCAGGGAGCCUGAAAUGUCACUGAAUAUUCACCAUCCCCACCCCUGCCACCCAGGGGCUGCCAUCUGCAUCCACGCAACCCCUGUGCGACACCCUCUUGUUGUUACCUCAGCGCCCUCUGUACCUCGCCACCCAGACUCCUGCCCGGUGUCCGACAAGCGACCUUUCCCACCACCGUCGCUGCGAGCCCGGGUCCUCAGGCGGGCUCCACGAACAACGCACUGAUACCACCCCCCUGCCCAACGCUCCAUGGGUAGGUUCAAAGGCCCCCACCUGCAAAGCCUCCACAAGAAAAACCGAGAGGGACAACUGGCCCGGCUUCUGGCGGGUCUCUGUCACAAAAGCACACAGUGCCUGCCCCAGGUCUGCCCCGAGGACUCGGACCGGACCGAGCACGACUUCGAGCCGCGCGCGGCAAAGCGCCGCUACGGAAAGUCUCCUCUGCACGCCCCGCCCCACUUCUCUUCCUCAGCAGGGACCUUUAGAGAGUCACCCUAGUAUUUCGCGCAGAACCAGAAGAGACAUCCGGGUUCGCGUUAGGACCCCCGCUUAACCCAGAACUCCACCAGUACGUCGGUUACAACCUGAGCCUCCGACCUUCCGGCACCAGCAGGCCCCCGAAUCGGACGCACGGGGCGCAGUACGGCGACCCCGCGCCCGUCACCUGCCUGCCCGCGGACUGAAAACCCAGGGCCGCGCCCCGCAGCUGCGCGCCGGACCCUCCCACUCCCGAGGACCCCGGCGCUCACCCGCCGCCGCCUCCAUCCCGCCGCGCCCCGCGGCCGCUUUCCGCUUCCAGCGCGCAGCGCCCGCCCCCUGGCCGUCCUGAUAGGGCCACUCGCGCGGCACUCAGCCAAUCACGUCUCACGUAAGGUGCACGCCCGUUGCGGUGCGUCCGACGAACCGGAGAUGGACUCACUUCCGUGUUGGGCCCUUUCUCGCUCUAUGCCGAAUGGGCGCACGGGCCCUCUCCCCGACGGCUUGAGAUGUGACCAAUAGGGAUGUCGAGUCAGGAUUGACAGGUCCAGCAUCCUGUCGGCAGGAAACAUGUGCCGCGCGGCCCGCCCCCUGCUCCGGGCCGCCAGCGCCCGCCAACACCCGGCCGCGGCAGCAGGGCCAAUGCGGCGCGGGGGGCGGGCUGCGGGGCGGGGAUUGUUUACGUCUCGUUAGGGAGCUGAAAGUAGGUCACGGCCGCCCGGCGGAACGCGGCGGCGGCGGCGACAGAUCCUGUCCACCAUGGCCAGGCGUCCUCGCAGCAGCACAGCUUGGCAUUUCGUCCUGAGUGCAGCCCGCCGAGAUGCGGAUGCCCGGGCCGUGGCUCUGGCGGGGAGCGCUAACUGGGGCUACGACUCAGAUGGGCAGCACAGUGACUCUGACUCGGACCCUGAGUCCUCGGCCCUGCCGCCACCCAUCCCCAGCGCCGUGCCCGUGACCGGGGAGUCCUUCUGUGACUGUGACAGUCCGAGCGAGGCCUCCUUCUGCAACAGCCUGCACGUGGCACACCGGGGCAAGGAUUGUCGCUGCGGCGAGGAAGAUGAGCAUUUUGACUGGGUGUGGGAUGACCUGAAUAAGUCUUCGGCCACCCUGCUGAGCUGUGACAACCGCAAGGUCAACUUCCACACGGAGUACAGCUGCGGCACGGCAGCCAUCCGGGGCACCAAGGAGCUGGGGGAGGGCCAGCAUUUCUGGGAGAUCAAGAUGACCUCUCCCGUCUAUGGCACCGACAUGAUGGUGGGCAUCGGGACAUCAGACGUGGAUCUGGACAAGUAUCACCACACAUUCUGCAGCCUGCUCGGCAGGGACGAGGACAGCUGGGGCCUCUCCUAUACGGGGCUCCUCCACCACAAGGGCGACAAGAUGAGCUUCUCGUCGAGAUUCGGCCAGGGCUCCAUCAUUGGUGUGCACCUGGACACCUGGCACGGCACGUUGACCUUCUUCAAGAACAGGAAGUGCAUAGGCGUGGCGGCCACCAAGCUGCAGAACAAGAAGUUCUACCCGAUGGUGUGCUCCACCGCGGCCAAGAGCAGCAUGAAGGUGAUCCGCUCGUGCGCCAGCGUCACGUCCCUGCAGUUCCUGUGCUGCUACCGCCUGCGCCAGCUGCGGCCCGACUCCGGGGACACGCUGGAGGGUCUGCCCCUGCCGCCCGGCCUGAAGCAGGUGCUGCGCCACAAGCUGGGCUGGGUCCUGAGCAUGAGCUGUGGCCGCCACAAGCCCCCCGCGCCCUCGCCCAAGGCCGAUCCCAGCGGCCCUGAGACCCGGCGCUGCCAGAGGAAGCGCUGCCGACGGACCUAACUUGUUUCCCAACGAAAACUGCUUUUCCGGGCCGAGGCGGCGCGUUCUCCGUCCCUCCCUUUUGGGCCACGCUCCGGGGCAGCAGACAGGACGGAGCUGAGGUCCGUCCCUCUGCCGCCCGAGGCUGGGACAGGCCCUGCGCUCCUGAAAGCAGAGCCGUCCGAGGGCGCCUGCUUCCUGCGUUGGGUGUGGGGGCGGCCGUCCUGGCUCUUCGGGACUGACCGCGGGCCCGGGCGGCUGUUGUGGGCUGCGGAGGACACACGUCAGAGGUGGCACCGCGGCUGCCGCCCGCCGGGGCUCUUUCUUAACUUGCCUUUUGCAUGUCGUCAGCUGCUGUUUCUCCCGUCCCAGGCUGAAAUGACCCUAAUAAACUCGGCGUUUGGGCAA